CGCCAUUUUGAUGGCGAUCAAAGUCCGUAUGAUCUGAUGGCUUCUGUGACGCGGUUCCGUAUCAGCUAUGGAUGUGUUACAAUUCUGCGGUAGCCCGACGCUUGCAGCACAAAUGGGGACGAUAGCAGAAGAUGGUAAUUCUACGGAUCUCGACAUCUCUAUCGAGGAACUGGCUCUUACCAUGAGGCACCAUCUCAUGGGCGAUGAUGCUGGGCAAUUGAACGGCGGCUGUUCUCCCAUUCUAUCGCAAAAUAAUUUUGCCAAUACCAUCCAGAACAGUUACUUUCCAACUGAUUUAUCAAAAAGCGAUGUUCCGUCGUUUAAAAAGACUCCAAGUCGCUCUCCAAGUCCGCAAAAAACGGAGAAUUCAAGAACUCCGUCACCGCCCAAGUACAAGAAUAAGACUGGAUCUUAUAUUCCAAAUGGACACCAUCCUCUCAAAGACGGAGACUCCCUCUCCAAUUAUCCAAGACUCAGAUCUCAAUUUUAUGAUGAACUCAAAAAGAAAUACCCGAAAGCCUUCCAGCGCAAUCCAGCGCUGAAUCAUGUGACUGACAAAAGUCGUGUUAUCACCCCUGCUAAGCUAAUUGUUAAAGCGGAGGAAAAAGAGAAUAGUAUGCCAGCGAGUCGUACUCCACGACCGCCAGUGAAGCAACGGACUAAUCUUGAAACUGCUAGAUCAUACCUCAACCUCAGUCGCCAGAGUUUGAAUUUCUCUUCAGAUGACAAUCGAGGAACUAACACAGAGAAUGAUUCGUCUCGACAGCUGAAAAGCCGACUCCAACAGAACAGCGAGGAGAUGCUUGGAUUACUUCAUAGACCUGACUUUCCUCGUUAUCGCAGUCAGGAUAAUUUGCCUUCUGGGAAAUGUGCAACUGUGGAAUACCGAAAUGGAUCUAAACAUUUUGUUCAUCGGUUUACGAGCGCCGAUAAUGUGUCCGCACCGUACACACUGAGCUCAAGGGGAGGAGGGUACAGUGACUCACCCCCAGACAGCGCAGUCGAUGUUGGUGACAAUUAUUCACACCGUUUUUCUGACACUGCAAGUGCUGAUUCGAUCAGUAAAAGUACUACGUUGCCAGGUUACUCAUUACGGAGAUUUUCUAGUGGCCCAAUUUAUAAUGCUGCAUCGGAUGUUGAGUACAGCAAUCAUCGAGAAUACCAUACUGCGGAUAGUGAUGGCGACUCUGGUAUCGGGCGUUAUGAUGCAAAAUACAAACGUGCAACAAGUGAUGUUGAUUUACAUGCGCAGCAGAGGUCUGGACACACGCCAAAUGGAUCAAGACAAGAAGCACUAAAAAUUUUACAGAAAAAAAGAGAAAGUCUCCAAGGCGCAGGAUUGCAAAAUGGCCAUGGAACAACCCGACAUAAUGGACCUCUCAAAGCAGACCAUACCAUUCAAGCAUAUAGGGAAGAUAGAGAUGCGUACUCUCAUCAGGGAGCGAGACCCAAACGAGCUGAAUCAACAGGCGCCUUGCCAAAUGACUAUGGCGUAAUACAGCAUGAAGUUUUACAUGACACUCCAAUCAGGAAUGACCUAGACAAUCACCAUGACAACCACCAUCAUAGCAACCACAAGAGCCAGGAGAGGAAAAAUAGAAAUGAGAACCGAAAUCAGUCUCAUGAUAUUAUACCAGAUAAAGAUUCAAAUCGAAAUGGAUUAUCCAGAAGUCCGAGCAAAUGUUCAGAUAAAAGUGGCUCUUGUCGGUCUGUGCGUUUCGAAGACGAGAACGGGCCUAAACCGAAGCCCAGGCGUAAAACAUCUAAACCUAAGGAGGCUGAUUAUUUUGAUGAUGAUGUUUUUGAGCAGCCUGGGGAGUCUCAAAGGACUACAGGGUCAGGUUCCCGAACAAACAUGACAUCAUUUUCAAAUCCUUAUGCUGACAUGGAACUAUACUACCAGGAUCAUCAAAGGCGGAAAAGUGCCAGUCGGAAAAAGAAUGUGGACAAUUUAUACAAGGAAACUAAUGGAGAAAUAUUUUCGGAUGGAGAUUAUAAUGGGAUAAGUCAUUCCAGGGUAUCAGGAUUAAUUCAAGAGAAUCCAUAUGAGGAAUUACCAUCUCGGACUCACAGUCGUAAUUCCAAUAGAUCUCCAGAAAAUAUCUACACUGAAGUAGGGUAUUCUAACCCUCAUUUGGACCGAGCACUGGAAGAAUCUAAAAGUAGAACAGUUAGAAGUCAUGUGACAGGAAAACCACCAAUAGGAAAAGGUGCUUCAAGGCCAAGAAGAUCCACAGAUUCCCAAAAGCAAUACUCUCCUCCAUCAUCAAAUGACCCAAGAUAUGCACAAGUUCAGAGGUCACAGAAGAGAGCAACUCCAACCCCACCACCGCCUCCGGAGUUUGGUGGCAUGGCAACCUAUUCACCGAGAAACAGCCAGGACUCGGGGUCCUUGAAUAGCAACCCUUGUAUUAGUGAGCAUGAUGAAAGUAUCGUACCAUUGGAAUCUGACGCACCAACACUGCCGAUGCGAGGUUAUGUUAGUGAUCUAGAAAUGUAUUCUGACAUGACUGGGUCGAGGACUUCGCUCAACUCAAGGUCAUCAGUUUCAGACAAAAUUCAGAGUUUUGGAAAAGCUGCCAAAAAACGUUUCCAUUCUUUGAGACGCGCAGUUAGUUUGGACCGACUGGAUAAUAAGGGUCAUAGGUCAGACCAGAUUUAUGACACACCUAAGAUGAAAAAGUCUCCAUCUCUGAGAUCGCUGACAAGUCGUAUUGGUAGACGGAAAGAAAGUGAUUAUGACAGUUUUUAUCAAAAUGAACGAAUGAAACAAGAGAAAAAGAUGCAGCAAAGACCGGGGAGUGCACGUAGUGACAGGUCAAUAUCAUCUAGAAAGAGUACAACAUCAUCAGUGACAUCACCAAAUCAUCUACGAAAAGUUGGGAGGAUUUUGAAAAGUAACGUGGACGGAACUCUGAUUAUUGAGUUAGUCAAACCGCCAAGUGGCCCGUUUGGGUUCUAUAUUGCAAGGGGAAAUGAAAAAUUUGGUCGAGGUAUUUUCAUAUCUCGAAUGAGUGAUGGAUAUCCUGAAAAAAUGUUUGCUGGAUUAAUGGGAAUUGGAGACGAAAUUCUAGAAAUCAACGGUACUUCUCUUGUGAAGAAGACGCUUGAUGAUGUGUAUGAUGCGAUGGCUGAUCGGGAUAGACUUGUCCUCAAAAUCAUGCCGUUGCUUUCGAGAAAGGACUGGUGAUUGUAACCUCAUCUCCACUGCAAACUGAGCCAUAGUUUGUUUGUUUAUUAAAUCAAGUACAUAUUUCAUUUCCACAAUGCAGGUUUUAUUAGUGGAACAAAAUGUGGUGGAAUUAUCUAUUGGAAUAUGCGUGGGCUGUUCAACUCAGAACUUUGGUAAAACAUCUACGAAGUGUUUUUAUGACUUUCGUUAAGGGUACCCAUGUACACAUGUCAUGUAUGUGCACUACAAAAAGAGAUAAUACUGUAAUGUAGAAGUUAAGGUAGCAGUUAACAGGGGUAAAAUAUGUAAAUUGAUCUGUGAUUCAAACAUUCUCCAAUGGUACCUUAGCAUGCUACAAUAAUAACCAUCUGAACGCUGAGAAUGUCUAAAGGAUUACCUGACGGCCAAUUUCGUUACUGUCAUUUUUUACUAUUCUGUUUAUUGAAGACACUGUUUUGUAACACUUCCAGUCACGCGAAUUACCUGUGAAUUACACAGUACGUUCUUGACUUUC